AUGGAGUCCCCAAAGCCCUACGGGCGCUCAAACCCUCUGCUCUCACUCUCCACUUUCAUACACCAGAACUGCCUCCAGCUCGGCGCCGAGCUCUCCAGCCGUCUCGAAGACACCAAGCGGUUCGCCGGAACCCUCGCCGGAAACUUGGCGCCCGCGGCGAGCAGGCGUAUGCGCUCGGCUCCCGUUGCUCCGCCCUUGGCGUGGCUGUCUCAGAGCAAUCACGCCUUGGCCGCGACCAUCAACUCGGACCACGUGGCGAAGAGCCUAGCCGGCACGGCGGUGUAUACGGUUAGCAAUUCGAACAAUGAGUUCGUGCUUAUCUCUGAUCCCAAUGAAGCCAAGUCCAUUGGCCUCCUCUGCUUUCGCCACGAAGAUGCCGAAGCCUUCCUAGCUCAAGUUCGGUCGAGGAGAGAGUUACGAAGUGCGGCUAAGGUUGUCCCAAUUACUCUCGACCAGGUAUACAUGCUGAAGGUUGAAGGAAUUGCGUUCCGGUUUUUGCCUGAUCCAGUUCAAAUAAGGAAUGCACUCGAGCUCAAAUCCGCUGACAGGAGUGCUUUUGAUGGAGUUCCUGUUUUUCAGUCGGACCUCCUGGUUAUGAAGAAGAAAAACAAGCGUUACUGCCCAAUAUAUUUCACCAAGGAAGAUAUUGAAAAAGAAUUGUCAAAGGUCUCUAGAGCGUCCAGAGGACCAGGGGUUUCUCAACAUAUUAUGGUUGGUAGUUUGGAAGAUGUUUUGAGAAAAAUGGAGUUAAGUGAAAAGAAUUCAGGCUGGGAAGAUCUGAUUUUCAUUCCACCUGGAAAAAGCUACUCCCAACACAUUCAGGAUGUGGUUAAAGCCUGA